AUGGCGACAACCUCGAAUAACGUGUCGGGUACAGAAAAUAUAACGCUUUCUUCUGCUCCGAGCACACCGUCCAUGCCGAGCAAAAAUGAACAGCCCGAUACUAUCGCCCGUGGUCCUCCACCACUACCGUAUAACCUCCACGAACACAAACUCAUGAUUUUCCUAUUCUGGUUCCUCAUCUUGACAGAAUGCACACUCAUUCCCAUAAUAUUCUACUUCGCAAUCUCAAACCUAACCGAUUUACGUCCGGGCGCCAUGUUUGCGAUCAUAACGGCGAUGUUUGGGUUUAUAUCAGGUGGAGAAUAUGGUCUUCGCGGUUUACGACUUGCGUUGAAACGCGAUACUUAUCGUCCUCUUAACGGUGCAGGACGAUGGAGUUUUGAUACGGUGCAUCUUGUACUUGGUCCACCUUAUUUUGUCAUGACGGCGCUCAUGAUUGGGUUCAGCAUACCUGAUCCACCGAUGAUGAGGGGUUUGAGUAUUAUCAUGCCCGUUGGUAUACUAAUGGUAACAUCAUACAUGAUCUGGACUGGCAUAGCGUAUCAUUUCGGCUGGAGACUUGGCUGGCACCGUCUAAGCUCCCACGUCAUUGGCGACAAAUAUCCCCCGCUUACAUUCGCAAUCAUGGAAGAUAUCACAGCUUGUGAUGGAGGUGGAGGAAAGGAGUAUAGAGAAGCUGCUAUGGCGCGAUAUAACGCGUCGCCAAGGUUUAGAAGGAUGCUUGUUGAGAUGCUUUGGGCCUGGGCUAUUACUGGGUCUAUUGUGAGCAUUGUUCUGAUUGUGUUGGCGUGGAUCUUACCUGUUGAGGUUGGAUAUACGCUAGGAUGGGCAGUUCCAUCUGUUUGGGGAGCUAUUGGGGCGUGGGUGACUAUUAAAUGGGGGCAGAGGUCGAUACGGAUAGAAAAGGAGAAUUGGUUGAAGGAUCAUAUGCCGAAUGCAUAG